UGGGCACCGGACUCUGCUGUGUGGGGAUUCGGGAAGCUGCGGGAUGGAAAGGAGUCAUGACCUGCAAUUUUUCCAUCUCGGCCGCCGUUUUAAAAGCUGCAAAACGAGCGGCUUUGCUGGUCUUCAAACUGGGAGUGAAUUCCCUUUCCAACGACUAAAUAGAGGAGUUGUUGUGUUCGCUUAGCCGCACUGACUAGUUAGCUUCUAAGCUAAGUACGUAAUGGUCGUGCCUUGCGUCGCUUUUUUUAUGCGUACUGAUACAAAAUGCAUAUCAUACGAUAUUAAGCCGGCGUAUUGUUAUGAAUUGGCGCGGUUAACGCACGUUACACCGGGGACUUGGAAGAAAUCGCAGUAAAUGUUGACAGUCACAGCACCGACCUGAAGUUAUGGUUCACGUCACAGAUUGUCGUUUAUUUACAAGUUACUGACUUGAAGUCUACCUUAGGUACGUCUGACGCGGGAGAAUGAGACGUCGCCAUCUCUCACACAAGACUGUCCUACUUAUUGCAUCGAUUAGCUGACCAACAUCUGCUGAUACCGAUUUUUUAUUUUUUUUCCCUGUCGUGAAUCUUUUUAUAUUCACGCAUCCAUGACUGGAGGGCUCUACACGCUGUCCCAGCAGGGGGACGUGGCAGGACUGUCCCUCGGCAACACGACCCCCACCCCUGGCCCUGAUAAUAGGGGUUGUGAGAAUGGUGCCCUAAUGGACUCAUUUGGGAUCUUCCUUCAAGGACUCCUGGCUGUAAUGGCUUUCAGCAUUCUCAUGUUAAAACGCCUCAGGGAGCCCAAACAUGAGCGGAGACCCUGGAAAAUCUGGUUCUUGGAUACUUCCAAGCAGGCUAUUGGGAUGCUCUUCAUCCACUUUGCUAAUGUUUACCUUUCAGACCUUACAGAGGAGGAUCCCUGCUCGCUAUACCUCAUUAACUUCCUAUUAGAUGCCUCAUUGGGAAUGUUGUUGAUCUACUCUGGCGUACGAGCUGUCAGUGCGGUUGUCGAGUGGAGGCAAUGGGAGUCUCUCCGCUUUGGAGAAUAUGGAGAGCCCAUACAAUGCACAGCAUGGUUGGGUCAGUGUAUCCUCUACAUCCUUAUCAUGAUGUUUGAGAAAGUCCUCAUCAUGCUGGUGCUCCUCAUCCCCCAGUGGAAGAAGCUCGCUCUUCUCAACCCCAUAGAGAAUCCUGACCUGGAACUGGCCAUCGUCAUGCUCAUCGUUCCUUUCUUUGUCAACGCCCUCAUGUUUUGGGUAGUAGACAAUUUCCUAAUGAAGAAGCACAGGACCAAAGCAAAGGUGGAGGAGAGGGAAGAGGAUUCUCGGGGGAACAGCAAGGUGCGCUACAGACGAGCGUUGUCUCACGAUGACUCAGAGUCAGAGAUCCUUUUCUCAGCAGAUGAUGAAAUGGACGAGUCCGACGAAGAGGAUGUUCGCCGCCUGGCAGGUCUAAAGACGGUCAAGAAAAAGAAGCUGCGCAUGGGCAUCCCUGUUUGACCGAGGGUCUCGUUAAACAAUCAUGUCGGAAGCAAAAGUACAUGCCGCCACACUUCCUACUCUACGGACAAACAUGGCGAUCCCUUUAAUGGCGCUAAGGACUUGGGUUUUUUAUUUUCUUUCAGCCAGCCAAUGACACUCCUGGAUGCCUAUUUAUUGUGUUUUGAAGACACUUAACGAGCAUCACGUUGUUAAAGCGGAGGCCUACUCUGCAUAAUAGGAAAUAUGCAACACUUACUUUACUUACUGCAGUGUACGGACGUCAGUGCUUGAGGGAUCAUCUUCGUUUUGGCUGUAUUCUUUAUAUAAAUGCCAUUUUCUCAUGUAGACCACCAAGACCUGCGUGUGUGUGUGCGUGUCUGCGUGCGUGUGUAUGGCGUGCUUGCGCGAGGCCCUUGAUAACUACUGUAAUUGUUGUGUUUGCAUCAGAAUCCUUUAAAGUCCAGUCACUGCAGAAUCCCAGACAAUAUUCAAUCCACUAGUGUUGUUUGUCUUUAAAUUGUCUCUGUAUUAUUUCAGUUUUUUUCAUGCAUGCAGCUUUUAUUUGUGGGCCAAAAUGUUGACUAUGCUGGCUCCAAAAGUGUUCUCCCAAAAAGAUGAGCAGAUAUGGGAACCCUCUCUUGCACAAUUUACCACAUUUGCUUUUUUUUUUUCUUUGUUUCUUCAGCUCAGUGACAGUGUGCCUGAGCAACAUUACCAGCAGAUGUUGAUUUGUUGUUGACUUGUGUUUUUAUUGUUUUAUCAGGGCUCCAGGUGCAUUCAGCAGGCUGUGAUUUCCAGAAUGUGAUGUGCGUAGACCGUUAUACUGUUAAGUGACUGUGGACCAAGCAGUUAAUGAGAGAAAUGGUGUUAGAGUAAACAUACGCCUGUGUACGUUGGUGUGUGUGCAGAGUUGACUGAUGGACCCUUUGAAGAAAAUGGAGUGCGACAUUAACUGUGACUGUGCCGCUGUGGAAGAUUUCACGGUGGCAUUAAAAUGAUAUUUUAUUGGGAAAAAAGGUAAGGUACCAUUAUAAAUGAAUUUACAAUAAAGAAUGUGAUCAACUAUUUUGAAUAAAU